CCUAUGAACUACUGAAAUACUUUAUUAUCUCUGUGUGAUGGUAAGAUUUACUGAUGAUGGUGAAACUACCAAUAUUCCUGGUAAACACAUGGCAUCAGGUUCCGUACCUUACAGCUAUAGGAUGCGAGGUGUAUGGGGUAGUGUCAGUUAUAUCGGGGAUGGCUGCAAUAUGGAGUGUGACAGCAAUCGUUGUUGAGCGGGCCUGGGUCAUAUCGUUCUCCAAAACCAGUGCAUUUAAUAAGCUCAAGAUGAUUCAUGCUGUCGGUAUUGUGGCUUGUAUUUGGGUAUUAGCUGUCUUCUUUUCUAUUUGCCCCCUGCUCGGCUGGAAUGAAUAUCAGUAUGAGGGAUACCUAGUAAGCUGCUCCAUUGAUCUUAUAUCUCACUCACUUAUGGACAAGACCUAUGUUUAUUGUUUACUGUUACUUGGCUGGGUGGGACCAAACAUUACCAUUUUUUACUGCAGCUUCUGCAUUGUAAAAUCCAACAGGGAAAACAACGCGUCAAUGAUUGAUCUGAUGCGAGCUACUGGAUCCUCCAUAACAUCUACUAAAGCAUUCCAACUCCAAAGGAUACAGGAGGAGAGAAAACUGUGGAAGAUAUCCCUGAUCCUAUUGAUAGUUUGGAUGUGCUCCUGGACUCCAUACGCUAUUGUUGUCGCUACAAUUGUCACAGGGAAAUAAAUUAUUUUCCAGUAACAAAGGAAUUCAGCUUUUGUCACAAACUUAAAUUUUCUAAUCUCUAUUUCUUUGCAACCUUAUGAUGGUAACCAUUGAUAUUUUAAACUUAGAAUAUUUGUUUAGAGAUGUGGGGAUUAAACCAUAAUUAAAGAUAGAUUGCGCAUAAGACGAAAUUUUUCAUCUUGAAAGAUAUAAAUGUACAGA